UUUUCUCGAAAAUUAAAUCUGCUCCACUUGCCCAGCUGUUUUGGUCGUCGAUUGAAUAGAAAAUUCGGCAGCGAAAAAGAAGGAUGGCGAGCCGAAUUACGUGCCGAAUUCUGCCCCUGCUGAAGACGUCCAACGUCUCGCAGCUGACCUUCCACAGGACGACCACUUCAGCCUCCGCGUAUGACCUGCAGCACAAGAACCCCUUUGCCAAGAAAGUGAUUGCCAUUCCAAAAGCUGAAUAUGGAGGUCGUCACAGUGUUACCAUGCUGCCUGGUGGCGGAAUCGGCCCUGAACUGAUGAAUUACGUCCGAGAAGUCUUCAGGUACGCUGGAGUGCCGGUGGACUUUGAGGAGUGUCCGAUCGACCCUCAGUCAGACGGCAACGAGGACCUCGAGUACGCCAUCACCUCCAUCAGACGAAAUGGAGUUGGACUGAAAGGCAACAUUGAAACUCGCAGUUUGAGCCGUGGAAUAUUGUCCCGCAACGUGGCGUUGAGAAACGAGCUUGACCUGUUCGUCAACGUGAUCCACUGCAAAUCAUACCCUGGGGUCAAGUCACGCCACCAGAACAUCGACGUCAUGUUGAUAAGACAGAACACUGAGGGCGAAUACGCCAUGUUAGAGCACGAGAGUGUGCCAGGGGUGGUGGAGAGCAUGAAGAUUGUGACUGCUGAGAACUCCGAGCGGGUCAUCCGUUAUGCCUUCGAUUAUGCAGUCAAGCACGGCCGCAAGAAGGUCACCACCAUCCACAAGGCCAACAUCAUGAAACUGUCCGACGGCCUCUUCCUGGAAACGUCGAAGCGAGUGGCCAAGGACUAUUCAGGCAUUGAGCACGACCACAUGAUCAUCGACAACUGCUGCAUGCAGCUCGUGUCCAACCCCCACCAGUUCGACGUCAUGGUGAUGACCAACCUGUACGGCACCAUUGUGUCUAACGUGCUGUGCGGCCUCAUCGGCGGCGCUGGUCUCAUCUCCGGCAGGAACUACGGAGACCAUUAUGCGGUCUUUGAGCCUGGCACCCGAAACACAGGUACGGCCAUUGCCGGAAAGAACAUCGCCAAUCCAGUGUCCAUGUUGAAUGCAGCCGUGGACAUGUUAGACCACCUUGGCCACAGCAAACACGCAAGUCUCAUCAGCCAGGCCAUCGACAAGACCAUCAACGAAGACCACGUCCACACCCCUGAUUUGGGUGGCCAGGCGACGAGCAUCGAUGUUGUCCAAACCAUUGUCAAGCACAUCCAAGACCUGACCAAGGACAAGAACUGGAGUUUAAAUUAAAAUGCCAGGGAACCAGAUGCGGUUAAUCUCAAAAGUCAGCCAAAGAAUACCCCUUCUCUGAAGUUGAUUGCCUCAGUAUUCAAAUUUCUCUCUCUUUGAACAACAGCAGUAAUUUAUUUGUUUCUAUUUAAUUCACUCAGCACUGCUGAGCUACUUAUUGUCUGGUCACUUUUUGUUU